AUGAUCUCAACUUCAUCUAUCGUUUAUUUAUCAGUAUUAUUUGGCAUUCUUUUGGCAAAUUUUCAAUACAAUUAUCAUAUUGGAAAUGUGAAAUUCUCUUGCAUUGAAGGAUGGAAUUUGUAUGGAAAUUCAUGCUAUAUAGUUGUUCAGCAAGAACUCUCUUGGAUAGAUGCUAACAAUCUUUGUGCUUCUCAGAGAUAUAACUAUAGUCGAAGCAUUGCCUUAUAUGAUUGGUUUUUGAUGCGUGACAUGAGUGUUAGUUUACUUAAUUCAACAAACAAUUAUUGGACAGCAUUUUAUUAUCGAGGCACGAAAGAUGCAAAAAGACAGGACUGUCGUGCACAUGAUGCAGUGCUGCAUGCAAAAUACCAUUCUUAUACAACAUCAAUUUAUAAUCCCCUCUGGUCAUCACACCAGUCUGGACUUGAAAAUUGUGCUGUAAAUAGUUGCAUCUAUAUGUAUGCUAAUUUUUCGGAUCAAACAAACUAUGGUUGGAAAAUGGAAAAUUGUUCUAUAAAGCAUUCAACAAUCUGUGAAACGUUUGCUUGUUUGGAAGAUUACCAAUAUCGAUGUAAUGAUAACAGUAAAUGUUAUCCACGAAAAGGCCGAUGUGAUGGAAUACAGGAAUGUAGCGAUAAUUCUGAUGAAGCGGGCUGUUCAAAGAAACGUGUUAGCUGUGGCAAAACAUUGUUCGAAGAAGCAACAAACGAAAUAAGCUUUGAAAUAAAUUCCGCUCAAUAUGCUUCAUGUCAAUGGACCAUUCGACAACCCGUUGGCAAUAAAAUCAUUCUAACGCUGGUUAAUAUCACUAUUAGAGAUGGUGAUGAACUGGUUAUUAGUGGAAUUCAAAAUAAUACUGUGAGUAAUAGCACUUCUAUUUCACAAAUGCUAUUGAAUACGUCGACAGUGAAAGAACAAUAUAUCUCCGUUGAUAAUACGGUGAUAAUCACUUUUCGAUCUCAGAACACCAAUCUAUCAGUUGCUAAUAUGCUUGAUGUUGUUCUGAAGUUCUCAUACAUUGCACGAGGAAUGUACUGCUUUUUGCCGGUUAUUGCUUACGGUUCGGUAGUAAAUGUAACAGGUUUUGGAAUAGGUCAUGAGUUGUACUUUAAAUGUCAUUUGGGUUAUCAGAUACCAUUUGGACAGUCUUUUUCAUCAUACUGCUACAAUGGUGAAUGGACGCCAAAACCGAAGUGUCAGACUUUGAGUUGUGGCUCAGCAAGUGUAGUGUACAAUAAUGCAAUUCUUACUGGUUAUACUAGAAAUGCAACUUUGUACAGUCGAGCAUUAUAUUCUUGUGAAACCGGUUUACAACAUAAAGGCAGCUCUCCACCGUUCCGGUUAUGUACCGAGAAUGGAACAUGGAGCAAUCCGGAUUUUUUCUGUCAGGCAUCUCUUUGUUAUGCUACUUCAUUCGCAUAUGGACAUUUCUUGGAUCAAUUUUAUGCAAAUGGUACAGCAGGAAAAUAUGUAUGCGAUGAAGGAUUUUAUCAAAAAGACAUUGAUCCAUUGUGUAUAUCUGGCAGAUGGAAAGGCGUACCUUAUUGUUAUCCUGAAUAUUACUGCUAUUAUAAUUCAUGUGGAAAUGGAACUUGUGUAAAGUUAAUUGGUGGAUACAGUUGUCUUUGCUAUGAAGGUUUUCAGAUGAUUUCCACAACCAAAGGCUAUACAUGUUCAGAUAUCGAUGAAUGUUCCACACCGGGCUACUCUCUUUGCGAAUUCACAUGUGUGAACACAAUAGGUUCUUAUGAAUGUAGAUGUCCUGAUACUCAUUGGCUUUAUACUGAUCCAAAUAGCGUGAACAAUCUCGUCAGCAAUACCGAAUUUUUGAUUCCAAAUAGAACAUGCAUCGAGAAACGAUGUCCUGCACCUGAGAUUCCUCCAAACGUCAUCCCUUACCCAUUAUAUACGGAUCCCUUUUCAUAUCACAAUGGACUCGUUCAAAUUGGUACAAUUGUAUAUUUUGCUUGCGAUCAUUCUGCACAUAAUUAUACGAGCUUCAUUUGUGACAAGACCGAAUCAUGGGUAAUGCUAAAUGAUUGCUUAGAUGUAACUUGUAAGCCAUUAGAAAUUACAAAACAAAAUCUAAUGAUUUGGCCUAUUAAAAAAAGCUACAAAUUUAAAGAUAAAAUUUAUUUUUUCUGUGACGAAUUUUAUGAAUUGAAUGGCCCAUCUUCAUCGUAUUGCAUUGAUGUUGACAAGUGGUCUUUGUCGAAAUUACCAGAUUGUAUUGUAAGACAGUGUCCUGGCUUGCAACUUGAUGAUUAUGAAACUAUUCCUGUUAAUAACAAACAAGACAUUACCGAGGAUCAUUUGAGAAUGUUUUUUGAGUCAGCUACACAUAUUAAAGAUACACCUGGAUACAGUUUAUUUAUUAAAUGUAAAAAUGGUGCAAAUUUUGCAAAUGGUCAAACGAAGAUUUUUUUACUUUGCAUGCAAAACUACACCUGGAAUUUGGAUAGUAUUCCAGCAUGUAUCCACCAGGAAGAUAUUCAACGAAAUUAUUCUGAUAAUGGUGAUGCAAUGAUCAAGAAAAGAUACUCUAAAAAUUGUAUCAGAAAUACUACAAGUGAUAUACAUGUCGCCGUGAAUACCUCUGCAAUGUUAUGGUGCUUUCUUAGUGCUAAAUGUACUAAUAUUACUUUAAUUAAAUGGUAUCGUGAUAAUCGACAAAACAUAAGUGGCAUGCCUUUAAAAGGUGAAAACGACAGUUGGGGAUUGUUUUUUGAAAGUGUCAAGGUAAUUGAUGAUGGCAGAUAUUACUGUGUUGCACUAGACACAAAUAACGAACUGUUGGAAAAACAUCCAGUAGAUCUUUUUGUUUACCAAACUUUUGAAACUGGUCGCAGUUGGCCCGAUAUUGUUCAAAACAGUGAACCAGUUAAAGAGAUAUUAUUUGCCAUUGAUAAUACAAAGUGGUCAAUUAUCUCGAGAACUAUGUCAAUGCAAAACAGUAGUAUUUUGAACGGAACAAAAUCAACUAAUAGCAGUUGGCUGUUUCAACAGGUUGUCUUUGUGCCACAUGGAUGUAAUAUCAUUGAAGUGAAAUAUCAAUCAGACAACUGUUCAACAUGCUUUUUGGAACUAAUUUCACAUUCUAUACAAAAUGCAAAUAUAGCAAAUUACCACUUUUCAACUUAUUUGAAUGUAUCAAAUAUCGAUUUAAUAGAUCUCAGCGAUAAUUUGUUCCAAAAAGAAAUUUGCUCACGCUAUUCAAACUUGUUUGUUGGAAUUCGUGGUGAUGUCAAUAGCGUGAUAGUGGAAAACGUUAAAAUUUAUACCAUAAAAUGUCCAGAGGUACGAGUGAGCUUUGCAUUUUUUCCGGAAACAACUGCUGCUAAAGAUGGCAGUAUUGUUUCUGGACGAUGCUUACACGGUGCGCAUACCAAUAUCAAAGGCCAACAUCCACAGCUCUUCUGCACACAACAUGGAAAAUGGAUUUAUAAUGCACAAAGUGCAAACUUAUGCUUUUGCAGUGCAAAUUACACCUCGGAAAAUGACGCAUGUGUAGAACGAGGUCCAAUUUGUUACGUUUGUUCGGGAAAUAAUAAAACAAACUGUGACGAUUCUUUUGCUGUUUUCUGUGAUAAGAAUCAGUUUUGCUUCACGCAGAUAACUAAGACUCUGGAAGGUGAUGUGACACUGAAAGGUUGUACGAACGAAUGUAAUGCAAACCGUAUCGGAUGUAAGACAAGAGAAGAAGCUUGUGAAAUGUGUUGUCAACAGGAUUAUUGUAAUAGUUGGAAAAAUACGCUUAAAGUUUAUGGAGAACACUUGCGCCCUUAUCCGAUGUUUAAAGCUAUAUGUCCCAGAAACAUUGCAGUGUUGAGAUAUUCAAAAGGAUUACUAGCUACUGCAACAAUAAUACCUCCUCUGAUAUACAAUUAUGAGCCAUUUUACAAUCUCACCGUUGAUCAGAAUAUCUUCAACGGCACAGUGCAGUUUAUUAAAGAAAGGAAUGUGAUCAUAUGGACAGCGACUAAUCGGAUGCUACAGUUUAGAAAUUGCUCAACAUAUAUUGUUUGCAAAGAUUACUGGGCGCCUGUGCUUGAUUGUCCGUCGCUAUACAUUGAUCUUUUGACAAACACGACAUCGCUGCAGUUCAGGUCGCGUCUUCCAGAAAUUAGUUAUCAUGAUUUUGGCUCACAUGUUUCAUUGCAUUAUACUCCACCAAAUGGCACAAUCACGGAAAUUGGUCAACCUCUACAAGUUACGGUUACUGCAACUAAUGAAAGUAACAAUUCAACACAAUGUGUGUUUUGGUAUAUCGGGCAAGUGGCUGAUUGUCCAUUAUGGCCUGUAAAUGAAACAGAAUAUGAAUGUGAGGGUUCAGUGAAUCAUCGAGUAUGUAAACGACGACAUAAAUGUCCCGGAAUAGAAUUUCCUAGCCAAGUGACAUCUUUAAAUUGUAUGGCUGGACAAGGAUGGAGUUAUAUGAGUCCUCAGUCCAUUGUUAAUGUCCCUUUAAAUUUAUUUCGGACACCAAUUUGCUUACAAAGUUCUGCUGGUGAUGUUCGCUUAUCUGUGAAUCUCGCCAUUAGCUCACAUCUGAAUGAAUCGUGUAAAGCUGCAUUGGUUGAUAAGGUGCACGAACUACCUGAAAUGCAUGAAACUAAAGGAUGUCGUCAGCUAAAGUGGACAUUUGCUGGGUUAUUAAUUACAGACAAUAAUCUAUUUAUUAACUAUACAAUGCGCCAUGAAAAUACAUCAACAACGCUGAAUUGUGCUGCACAAUUUGUCCGUCAAAUCAUUAAAGGAAAGCUUGCAUUUAAUGUAUUAAAGACUAUUUGUAAAGAUAUUGAAUUCAAUGCUUUGUCUGCAAAUUAUUCCACUGGUUGUUUUAAAGAUGAAUGCGCUCCUGGUUUUUAUGCUGCUGCAAAUGGCUGUUAUCCUUGUCCGCUUCAUAGCUUCUCUGAAACUGUUACUGCCAAGAAUUGUAUAAGAUGUCCAGAGAAUACAUUUACCGCAAAGACAGGAUCAUAUUCCUCUAAAUUAUGUCGAAAACAGUGUCCACCUGGUUUUUUCUCACCAACUGGUUUAGAACCAUGUCAAGCAUGCGCAGUUGGUUUUUAUCAAUCGCAUUAUGGUUUACAAUAUUGCAAUCAUUGUUCAUCACCUCACACAACUUCAACAGUAGGCUCAGUUUCAGCUAGCGAAUGCGUAUUAAAAUGCAGGCCCGGAUGGUUUAGUCGUACAGGUUUUGAACCUUGCAUAAAAUGUCCGCUUGGUUUUUAUCAAGAUAGAGCCGGACAAACAACAUGCAAUGCAUGCAUCAUUGAUGUCAACAAGCAGAUGUCGGUAAAUAAUCAUUGUAAAGAUUUUUCGUGUAGGAAAUUAGGCUGCAAAAAUAAUGGGCUAUGUUCAAAUGGGCGAUGCAUUUGCCCAUUGUUUUAUAUUGGUCUCGACUGCAGUGUAGCCCUAAAUUUGUGCUUGGCUAAUUUUUGUCCUCGAGGUGAAGAAUGUCAUUUUGAUGGAGUGACAACUUCUUGCCUUCCUACUAACAAUUCAUCAUUAGAAGAUUCAGGAAUGAAAGAAUGGCAAAAUUUAUGGAAAUUGAACCAACAAGAGCAGAAGCAGUUGCUUGAUGAAGAAAUUCAAAAAGCAGCGAAUGAGUCAUCGUUAUUGACAGCUAUGAUAUUUACAAACAUUUCAGUAAGGCUACAUACAGACUCAAAAUUAAUUGCCAAACAGCUCCCAGUAAGGAGCCAAAAUCCAAGAAUUAAAAGGAAAGUGAACAAAGAAGCAGUAAUGUACAUCGGAAACCGCGGUAUUAUAUCAGAUCCAUCUCAAUCACUGAUGCAGUUUAUUUCUAAUCAGUUAACUUCCUCAGAAAUUAUUGCUACUCGAAGAUGGAAGAAUGGAGGAGAUAAGAUUCAAUCUACUUCAGCAGCAUCAACUGCUUUAGCAGCAGUCAGUGCACCCUACGCAGUUCCACAAACUCCUUGUUCUCAUAGACUUAAUUUUUGCAAAAACGGUAAUUGCAUAACUACUAUCAAUGGAACUAUUAACUGUAUUUGUCGAGAGGGCUAUAAAACUAAUGGCAAUAAUAACUGUGUAUUGUUGCAAAACUGUGAUUAUAAUCCAUGUGGACAAGAUUUAUGCAUAAAUAUUGGCAACGAUUAUUUCUGCCAAUGUUCAGUUGCACAAAAUGCAUUUUAUAAACAACAAUGGUGUCCGAUCAAUAAGGAAUGCAAUCAAAAGAACCAAUGCAAAAACAAUGGUAUCUCGGUGUGUGAUUACAAAUCGCGGUGCAUAUGCCCGACAUCUUAUUUUGGAGAUUUUUGCACAGAAAAAGUUGAACCGUGUAAAAAUUUACCUUGCUAUCAUGGUAUCUGUAUUCCACAAUUUCAUCAUUUAUGGCCUUAUUAUUUCUGCAAAUGUGAUCCAGGUUACUAUGGCGAAAAAUGUACUGCACACGCAGCUUGCGUAGACAAAAAUAUUCAUUGUAAACAUGGUAGUUGUCGUAAAAAUGAUCAAACUGCAUACUGCGAAUGCUAUCCUGGCUUUACUGGAACCGAUUGUUCAGUGGAGAUCAAUCAGUGUAACUCGUCACCAUGUGUACAUGGCACUUGUAAAUCAAAAUUUCUGGGUUACACGUGCAUUUGUGAUGAAGGCUUUAAAGGAAAGCAAUGCGAGAAGUUGAUUGAUCCAUGUGAUGAAAAACCAUGUAAUCUCAAUUCAGAAUGCCUUACUUUGAGCUAUGGGUACAAAGGCAAAUUUGUAUGCAAAUGUGCAGAGGGUUGGACAGGAAAGUACUGCACUGAGCUGAUAGACUUUUGCAUUCAUUCGCAGUGUAUUUCUGGUUCCACCUGUAUCACCCGAUCUGGAGUUAACGGAGAUGUCGAUUACGUAUGCAUAUGCCCUCCGAAUAAAGCUGGCAUUUUUUGCAAUGAAUCAGUUGAUUACUGUAAACCAAUGAAUCCAUGUUUACAUGAUGGUAUUUGUCAGCGGAAAGAUGAUGGAUAUGCAUGUCAUUGCAAACCAGGUUAUCGAGGAGAUCAUUGUCAACAUAGCCUAUGUUCACCAAAUCCAUGCCAAAAUAACGGUAAUUGCACAAUAUUGUCGUUAACAAGUUAUAGCUGCUCAUGCCCUCAAUAUUAUGAAGGUGUUAACUGCACUGCGGUUAAGAAUGUGUGUGCGAUAAGUAAUUUUGAAGAUUAUUGUUUGAAUAAUGGCAAAUGUAUUUCUAACAACUCUGAGCCAAUCUGUCACUGUACACAUCAGUAUGAAGGACGCAGAUGUGAAAACAAGAAAGAUUUGGACUUCAAUGUUAUGUUUAACGAACAAACACGAAAUUUGACAUCCACAUUAUUUGAUGCCAGUGUAUUGAAGCAAUUCACAUUAUGUUUUUGGAUCAGGAUAUUGCCAAUGGGAAAUAAUUCUUUUACUCCUUUUCUUCGUUUCGAUCAACAAGGAUUUGAAAAAAAUAUUUUAUCAAUAACAGAGAAUGUAGUAAGAUUUGUCGAGUACGUGGCAUGGGCUAAUAUGACGCGAAAUCAGUGGCAACAGUUUUGCUUCCGCAGAAAGAAGAAUGGAGCUACUGAGUGGAUACGAAAUGGUGAAGUUGUUUGGCAAAGGAAUUGGGACGUACCACCGGUUAAUGGAAGUUUGAGGAUUCUGUUGGGGUCGUCGGAAUUAUUUCACGGAGAAAUAAGUAUGGUUCAGCUGUACAGCACAGCUCUUCGUAACAAACAGAUAAAUGAUUCUGUUCAGUACUGUAAGCAGUGGUUGCAAUCUAUUGUAACGAGUGGCGAAACUCCUCUUAUUAACUGGAAUCAGUUCUCAGGUGUGAAACAUGGAAACCGUAAUUAUCCGGGAAUAUGUACUCUUUCUGAUUGUUUGUUAAAUCCUCAUCGCUGCAAUUCAACUAUGGAUAAAGUGCCACCAAAAGUAAUAAACUGUCCAUCAAAUAUCAUUGUAACCUCAAAAAACAGACUAACGGUCGUAAAUUGGUCUCCAUCGAAAUCGAAUGAAAUUUUUGCUGAUAACGAUAUCAUUCAGAUGUCAUCAAAUUACAAUAGUGGUGAUGUUUUUACUUGGGGUAAAUAUCACAUCGUGUACAUUGCGGAAGAUAAAGCUGGAAAUAUUGAAACUUGCCAAUUCGACCUUGUCAUAGCAACAAUGAAUUGUUCUAAUCCUAAAAAGACUGAUGGCAUUAAUUUUACAAUUCGAAAUAUCCAUUCAGAAAACGUUCGAAAAGUGGCAUUUGUUGAGUGUAAAUCAAACUAUGUGUCUAUUCAUCCGGUUACUGACUUCUAUUUCUGUGACUUAAUGGGUUAUUGGACUCGCUGGUCGCAUGGAAUUAAUUUCUAUUUUCCAAGUUGUUUGAAGUAUCGAGCUCCACUGCAACAAUUAAGUGGUUUGAUAAUCGUAACAGCAAAUUGUAGUGAAUUUGAUUUGUAUAAGAAAAAUUUAACAGCUGUAAUUUUGACUGCCAAUAAACAGUUUAAUCAUUUCUGCACCACCCCGAACUGUACCAAAGAACUCAAAAUGUGGUCAAAUUCAAGUUGUGAUAAUCAAGUUUUAAGGCAUCCCAAUGAAGCAGCUCAAAAUAUAUAUCUUUAUUAUUCGAUUACCGUGAGUACCACAAGAAAAUCAAUAAAGCCUGCAGUAACGGAGAAUUUGAACAAAGUAUUUGGCAACAAGAUUGGAGAGACAAACACAUCAUGGCAAUGUCCUUCAAAAAAUUAUCCUGCUCAAAUUUUUGGAAGUGAUACUCGUUCAUGUGUAAAAUGUCCACCUGGGAUGUACUGUGUAAACGAUAGAUGUAUGCCAUGUCCAGAGAAUACGUUUAAGAAAAACGCUGGUUGUAAACAAUGCAUUCCAUGCCCAAAUAAUACAAUAACUGGCCCGAUAAUUAAAGACAUCGGUUAUCAAAGUAUUUUUGAUUGUUAUACAAACUGCAGUGCUGGUUAUCAUUACAGCAUUCAAGAUGGAAGCUGUGUUAAAUGCCCAAAAGGAAUGUAUCAAGAUCGACCGGGACAACUGAGAUGUAAUGCCUGUCCAGAAUCUCGCAGCACACCGAAAAGAGGUUCAGUACAUAUUUCAAAUUGUACGAUUACCUGUGGUGCAGGUAUGUCAAUGAGCUCACAUUCUCAAUGCGUCAAAUGUGCAAAAGGAAAAUAUCGGCAAGAAAAUUCCACUGAAGCCCGUUGUACUCCAUGUCCUGAUUACUUUACAACACCUGAUAAUGGAAGCAUUAGUCAGAACAAUUGCACGGUGCUGAAUUGUCCUCCAGGAACAUAUAUUAAUUUGUCAUUGCCAUCAGAAUGUUUCCUUUGUCCUCGAGACCACUAUCAAGAAAAAUCAAAUCAAACCGAAUGUCGACAUUGUAUGAAACCUCUUAUUACUCUGGGAAUGGGUUCUGUACAUCCUCGGCAAUGUAUGAAACCAUUGUUUUGGAGCUCUGCAGGUUCAGAUGUUGAUAUUAGUAAGUACUUCAGUUCGAAUCUAUGGCCAAAUUUUGGAUUUGUUGGUAUUAUCGGUGCCAUUGCGUUUCUUGCUCUCCUUUAUUUCCAGAGACAAAGGAUGCGAUCAUUAUUUUAUAAGAUAAGGGGAGCACAGUUAAAGCACAUGGCCACACUGAAUUAUUACCGUGAUUCUUCUUUUACUUAUCCAAUUGUUACUGUAACACCAACAGACACUAGUGCUACACCAGACUUCAGCGAGGAUAGAGUUCCAAAGAAUCGUGAAACACAGGAAAUGGUGGAAAUUUAUCAGGAAAUUUAUGAUGGAUUGCAUAGUAUGGCAGAAGGGACAUCUUACGUGUCAAAUAGUGAAUUGACUUCGAGUCAAUCUCUCAGACCCAUUUCAAGAGUUCGUCUUGAAGUGGACACCACAUUGAGGGCUGAAUUUUGCGGUAAUCCGAAGGCGUUGGGAAUGGAUUCAUCCGGCUUCCCCAUCGAUUCAGCAGAUUAUGAAAAUGCCGACCAGUGUAACUCGAUAGUUCCAAAGAAUUAUGGGCAGGAUUCAGAAGCUUCAGAUGAAGAAAAUCAAAUCUCGAGCUUUAAACGACGGCUUGAUGCUUAUCGAAACUGGAAUUUGCGAAUACCCUUGGAUGAGAUAUACAUGGAGCCCACUGAGUACAAAUUAUUUCUGUCGAAAGCAAAUGACAUAUCUGUUGAAAAAACAAGUGGCAUUUUGAAUGAGGAAAAUAAAAACAACGAGAACAAAAAUGAAGAAAGCGAUGAUGAGGACUACUUUGGCUGA